UUGUAAUUAGUAUCGGCCACGUAGCUAAACCGUGUUUGACUAUGGACACAUUUCGGUCAGCACAGCUUGAGAAGUCUAAUGAACACAAUGCGUCUCGCUCUACUUGUUCUGGCCAUUGCUGGUCAGCUGGUCAAUGCGGACUACCUAGACGACCAACGGGACUUGUCGGCAGCGACCUCUGGAUUCUCCCAGAGACUGUACCAGAAGGUGGCACUGGGCUUACCAAGUAUGGUCUACUCACCUUACAGCAUCCAUUCGGUAUUGGCAAUGGCGUCAUUAGGCGCCAGAGGAAAUACAGCUACAGAAAUGAAACAGGCGCUUGGGAUUACAUCUCUCGCUGACAAUACUCAUGAGAUGUAUAGGCAACUUAUUUUGGAUAUAAACUCGGUAACGGAUGUGAAAAUAAACACAGGAAACGCCAUUUUUGUAAACCCAGCAUACAAAAUCGUGCCUCAAUUUGUGGCAGAUGUUGAGAGCAAGUACUUCGCCAAGGCUGGUAACAUUGACUUAUCUGCCCCUGGUGGACCCGAGGAACCAAUCAACACUUACGUGGAAAAUGCUACAGGAAAUAUGAUACAAAAUCUCCUUUCAAAAGGUUCAAUUAAUUCCGAUACCGUGGUGAUUUUGAUCAACACCAUUUUCUUCAAUGGAACCUGGACAUUUCCUUUUCCCAAGAACACAACGUUUAGACGUCCUUUUUAUAGCUUGGAUAGGGGAAUCAGCACGGUCGACAUGAUGAACGAUAACAUGACAAUUAAAUACAAGAAAGAUAACUCUAUUGGGAUUGAGGUAGUCGAGUUGCCCUUCAAUGGUGAAAGAUUCCAUUUUUACAUAGCUCUACCAGAGGAGGUGAAUGGUAUCACAGAUUUAGAAAAACUUCUAGCAACGCCAGGAAAGGUCGAUACACUGUUCAGUGGACUUAGCUCUGAAUAUUUGGAUGUCAGCAUUCCAAAGUUCAAGACUGAGACAACUUUAUACCUGGUUCAACCUCUGAAAGAUAUCGGCAUGGUGGAGGCUUUCAGUCCUGGUUACGCCGACUUUACUGGAAUCAUAAGAAAAGGUGGGGUGUUUAUCAGCAGUGUCAUUCACAAGGCCAUCAUUGACGUCAAAGAAACAGGAACUGUCGCUGCUGCAGCUACAUCUGUGGUUAUGUCAAUCACCUCUCUCAAGCGUCCUCCGGAAAAAAGAUUUGUCGCGGACCAUCCUUUCCUCUACUUUAUUAGAGACGAAUUAACCCAACAAAUUUUGUUUCAAGGAAAAUUUUCCGGAUAAUUAAAUAAACAAUGCGUUGAAUUGG